CUGAUGGGGGUUACCAGCUGAGAAUUAGGAGCCUUGAGGGUACCCCUAAUUAUGGUCCCCGACACCACUAGGUCCGUAGGAUCCGAGAUCCAUGACCCAGUUUUAACAUGUGAAGGGGUAUGCGGACGCUCUAACCUCAUCCGCUAAGUCAUGAUCCAAAGGCCGAAACAUUUUCUCUUCUAGAUCUAAUUGUGGCAGUUCCUUCUGACAUCAACGGUUCUCGACCUUCUCCCACCCCCGACGGCGCUGGGACGCUGGAGCACAAGCUCCAUCGGUGGCGCCCGCCGGCGGAACGUGCAUUGGCCCUUCCAGUGCCCCAACGCAAGAAAUCAUACGAGCUACGUAGAGGAGAGAAGAAAUCAAAUAGUGCGGAGUGUUUCGUACCGUGGAAGGACCCUAGUGACAUGCAGAUUUCGACGCGACGCGGCCCCACGGCGAGUAGAGUUCUUCGGUGAGAAAUUGGGUCAGAAACGAUGGUCUUCCCCGCGCAUUGAUGCCACGACAAGCUUGCAUAUGUCUUGGCGCCCAUCCUCGACCACACCGCGGACUUCAAACGGCGGUGAAGGCCAAGGACAGCGGCAAUGGCUCCUUUUCUGCUCGGUAAUGCUGCGAUGGCGACACACCUGCUGCGACACAAAGGUCUUCGCGGUGAGAGAUGGCUUCGGGGUCAUGGCCACGUAUUUAUGCACUCGAAGGGUUUGGUUGGCGCCCGGCUGGUAGGACCCCAGGUGGAUACGCAUGCGUGGAGCCGUGGAGUAUGUUAUAGGGAGAUGACAAUGCUAGCAUGUCGGGCCCACGCGCCAUGGGCAAUGUGUGGGAUCCGAAAAUUCCGGAUAUGGAGUUGAGUUCAAAGUGUUCAUUACCGAAAGAAGAAGACGACCGACAGCUAGGCCCACGCGUCGGCGAGGCGCGCGUCCUGCGGACGAGUCUGUGUGGGCACUGGAGGCUGAGUAGCGGGGCCAACUGCACGGUGAGUGCGUGUGUAGCUUAGGUGAGACGCGUUGUGGGUCUCACACGUCAGUGACCAAGCUGUCACAGGCGCGAUGUGAGGGGCUAUCAUCCUAGCCCCACUUGUCAAGUGCCGAGGUGGUCUGAAAUGGGCUGGUGGCGGCAAUGUGAAAAUGGGUUGAAAUUGAGGUUUCAGCCCAAGUAAGAGUUGGUCUUUUUCUAGCUUUCUAUUUUCUUUCUUUUUCAUCUUCCAAGUUCAUAUUUCUAAUUUGGUUUGAAAUUUGCACACACAAUUUGAAAUGCUGGAGCAAAUAAAACUCCAGCAUGAGAUGCAAGGUUAAUUUUAUUUAAUUAUUUAUCAUUCUAUUCAUUUAGAUAAAUGAUUCUAAACACAUAAUUCAUAUAUGAACAUUUACCUAAUUUAAAGAAGGGAGAAUCUUUCUAUGUUAUUUCGAAAUCAAAUUCUAGUUUUCAUUUUUUAGAGACUGUUCUAAAUAUAUUAUUCAACAAAUGAAUGGUUUCACUCACAUAAGGACCUUUUUAUUUAACUUUACAAUUCAUUUUAAUUGAUUUAUAAAAGAAAAUACUUAAAACUAUAAUUUGUGAUUCAAAACUACUAAAAUUUUACCUAAUUAAACUAGGUCCUGAUGAAUUUUGUUGGUUCGAAAAUUAGGAUGUUACACUAUACGUGAAGUGGCAAUAGAAGGGAUGCAUAUGACUAGCAGACUCGGGCUGGAUAUCGAGUCGGCUCGAUUUGGCUCGACCGAGUUUGAGCUGGCUCGACUCGACUCAUUAAGCUAACGAGCCACAGAGUUAGCUCGAGGUGGCUUGUUUAGCUCGCGAGCUAAAGAAUAUAUAUAUAUCAUAAUUAAUUUCUAGUUAGCUUUAAACCAAUUUAACAACAGAAAAUAGUUUAACAUACCACAGCAAUAUCAUCAUAUCAACACGAGUCAUCACGCAUUAGUUCAUCAUAAAUUCAUAAUUUUUACACAUGUUCAUUAGUUUAACCUAUAUUCAUAGUCGAACAUACCAAUUUAACAUAUAGACAUAGUUUAUUAAUCAUCAAUUUAACACAUAGACCAUAAACGCUAUAUAUACAUAUAACAUAUUCACAAAUUUAUACGUAAAUAAUAUCCAUAUAAAUUCAUUUUAAUGAAAUAUUAUAAUUUGUUGAAGUCGCUAGCUGGCUCGUUAACAAAUCAAACUAGAAUGUCAGCUCAACUCAUAAAAAAUUAAGGGUGUGUUUGGUUGCCUGCAUAUGGUUUGGCCAGACUCAAGAGAUACAACUUUCUUCUGUUUGGUUGCCUGAUCAGCCUCUUCAGCCUGGCUCGUGGGAUGCAAAGAUUCCUCUUGGGCCUGGCUCCCGAGAUACGUAGGAAUUGGCCAUUUCUCCAGAGUCAGGCUCUGCCGGUGCAACCAUUAGUCUUUCCUAAUGACAGAUUAACGUAUAAUUAGUGUCUAUUAAAUAAUUUUAAUUUAUUUAAAAGUGGAUUAAGGCUUUGUAUGACAUAUUAUGACUAUUGCAACAUGAUCACAUGAAAAUAUAAUAAAACUUUAUAGCUUUUAAGCUCAUGCAUCAAGCAUUUAUGCAAGCAACCAAACAUCAUCUCGCAUAGGCCAUGCUAAGCUCAUACAGGCAACCAAACAUAGGGAUAUUGCAUGCUCUCGGCCAGACUAUCAAGAGCCAGGUUCCCUAGAUACGAGCCAGGCCCACCCAUCCAGACAACCAAACAGGCCAUAAAUGAACCGAUCGAGCCGAGCCGACCCAAGCGGAGACGGUCUGGAAACGAGCGAGCCAUGAGACAGACUAUUUCGUCCGGCUCUACAUAUUCUAUAUAUUAACCGUGGGAGCAAGGAAGAACAACCAGACCAUCCACGUCACUAUAUAUUUUUCAGCCGUCGGAUCGAGCAACAACGGUCCUCGAAUCCUUCCGCCCUCUCCGUGGCGCUCUCCGUGUCUGGACGCUUCCAGGAGCUACGUAGACCUCCCACGGUCCCACCUCUCCAUUCAUCGCUUCCGUGAAGCUCGAGCCCCAUCGACCCCCGACUAACCGGCGCUUGGGCGUAGCAGUUCCGACCGCUCCCCCCGUGGGCCGCCGUCGCCCCACCGUCUCCAUGUCAGUUUUCAGCGCUAUCCACCAUGCCCUCCUUCGCCCGUCAGCUCGCUGAGCAGACCUCCCAGAUAAGCAAGCCCUGCCGCCGUCCCCGGAAGCCGUUGCUGCAUCGCCCUCGGCAAAGGAUGUGCCGCUCCUACCCGACGCGGGAAUGCGGCACUGGGCCGCGUGCGGGCGGUUUGCGCAGUGCAGCGGGUCCUUCCGCGGUGAAGUCGACCGGGCCACCGCCGAGGCCUUCCUCCUCACGAGGCUCCCAGUGAUCCUCCUCCGCUACCUCGGGGUUGCAGAAACUAUUAAUGACGCAGUUGAAUUUGUUCAUCAGAAUUUCAUAGAAAUGAAUAAACUCUAGGUCCGAAUGUAGCAUCUGGUUCGCCAUCCUAUAUGAUACUGAAAGCAAUAUUGGAAUUGCGUGAUCCGGUAAUAACCUUCAUCUCCUAAGUCAAAUUGAAGGCGUUGACCUUGAUACAUACAAAGAAAUUGUUUUUCUUAACGAUCACGACUCGCGCAAGCCGCGAGCACGACACUAGUGACACAUGAGCUGGGGACGGGAGCGAGAGAUUAUACCUACCUUGUAAGCUCCAGCCUAUUGCUCGACAGGCUUCCCACAUAAUGCCAGUGCUGCCGUUGCUGUCCGCAAAGCCAUCCCCUCCCUGCACGCCCCCUCGGCCCGGUGGUGAGUGGUAGGCGGCCGAAGAAUUCCAGGGUGGGUGGGGAGCGCCCGGACCGGAGACAAGGAAGAUCGAGGCAUGAAGGACCUGGUGUCGUGCUUCAGCGAGCACGCCGUGCGGAUCUCCGACGUGGCCUGCUCCGGCUCCGGUCCCGCCAAUGCGGCGGCGGGCGCCCCGGAGGCCGGAGGAGGAGGGCGGGCGCCAGCGGUGAGCGCGGUGACCACCGCGUACCGGUCGCGGCUGUCGGCGUCCGGGAAGGAGCUGCUCAUCGACGUGACUUGGUCAUGGUCUCGGGCGCCCGACGGGCCCGCGCUCUCCGUCGCCGUCCACGAGGCGGACGCCGUCUCGCGCCACCGCGCCGCCAGCGGCGCCGCGGCGCCGCGGCACCUGCACAAGAAGAAGGGGAGCGGGACGUUCACGGCGGGCAGCUGCGUGGUGGGCGUGUUCUGGGACUACGCCGCGGCGCGGUACGGCGCUGGCUCGGGGCCCGAGCCGACGUCCGGGUUCUACGUCGCCGUGGUCGCCGACGCCGAGUUCGUUCUCCUGCUGGGCGACCUCAGCCGCGGGUACGUGGACCGCCUGCACGGGGGCAUCCCGAUCGCCGGGUCCCGGAUGGCGCGGCGCCGGGAGCGGUUUGUCGGGUGCGGGCGCUGGUCCACGAGAGCCCGGUUCUUGGAGUCCGGCGAGGAGCACGAGAUCGGCGUCGCGCUGCUGGACGGCGACGCGGAGGCGUGGGUCACCGUGGACGGCCGCAAGGUCGUGCAGCUCCGGCGGCUGCGGUGGAACUUCCGCGGCUGCCACACCAUCUUCCUCGACGGCGGAGCGCCAGUCGACGUGACGUGGGACCUGCACGGCUGGCUCUUCCACGCGGGCGCCGAGUCGCCCCAACCGUCCUCCACUUCCCCCUGUGCCGUGUUCACGUUCCAGGCGCGCGGCGCGUCGGAGACAAAGCUGUGGACGGACGACGAUUGCUUCGACGACGGAGAGGAGGCGGACAAGCUGCCGGUGACGCCGAGCGGUCGGCAACAGAAGGCGGGAGGCGGUGGGGCGUCGGGGUCGGGGCAGGGGUUCUGCCUGCUGAUCCAAGGCUCCAGGAGCUUUUCCAUGAGCACUUAACCUGUACAUGCCGUUAGAGACUUUCUAUCGCCAUUUUUUUUCACUUCUUGCUUGGGGUUUGUGUUGGGAUUGAUUAGGAAUUUAGGAUAGACAUUCAGCUGGUUGACUCUUGUUGAUUAAUCUGAUGCAUGACAAGGGGUGUUGUGAUUGUGAAUAGUUGGGAUAGUGUCAGAGAGAGAGAGAGAGAGGUUGACACACAGAAUUAGAAAGUGAUGUUGUCUUUCCAGUUUGCUGCAUCGCUGUGCUGAUUUCGUACAAUGACAUGAUUGUAAGUUCUGCUAGUUACUUAUCAGAAAUUGAGAAACACACCAAAGAUUGGAUCUUACGAUUA